UAUUUUAAAAAAAAUGGGAUCCCCAAUUAUCUUCAACAAUGUUUAGAAUCAUUAAACAUUGUCAAAAACAACAUCUGUGACAAGGAUAAGGGAUUAAUGUGUCAUGUGUGUUUCAGCAGCAUGAUGGGUAGGAAUAUUAUAAAAGCUAAAAUACCAUGCCUAUACAUAUAUCACUAAAGAAAGCAUUAGAUAUGUUCUCGUUGUUGCUGGUGCCUGCUCUUGUUUGUAUUUGCCAUGUUGAUAUUAUUACAUGCCAUUACGAGCUCACAAACGUGGCAUACUCAAAACCAGUCACGCUGAGUUCCCUUUUCGACAACGAUUCGCGUUAUGUGGGAUCCAAAGUCGUCAAUGGCCUAUUUUCUGACCUUACCGCUACCGCAGCAGAGAGAUCCCCAUGGUUGAGAAUUGAUCUUGGUGCCAGAUUUGAAAUAAAUGAAAUUGAAGUAUUUGCAAGAACAGAUUGUUGUGGCGUUCAGCUACAUGAUGUUGACUUCAAAGUUGGAGAGAAUAUUCACGACAUGUAUCGAUGUGGCCAUUACACGGGACCUACUGUAAAGGGUCAGAGAAUCGCUGUCUUCUGUCCUCACAACACCAUAGGACGUUAUGUACAGAUACAGAUAACCAAGGGACAUAACAACGAGUUGACUCCUGCAGAGGUCCUCGUUUGGGGUGUAAAAGUAAACUGA